AUGAAUACCAAUCAACUUGUUUUCGCUGCGAUUUUCGGCUGGUCGUUCUUGGUCGACCACGGCAUAACAUCCGAGAAGCUUUGCCUGCCCGCGGUCGUGAAGCUAGAUGAUGACCGCAACUUGGGGGGAGCCGGUUCAUCCAUUGUUGACACUAUCAUCGAGCCAUCUCAUGUCGCUCGACUGGGGGUUCGAGAGAAUCAAAAAAUUACUUCAACAAUUUCGCCUACGCAAGCACAUAGGGCCGCGAAUACGAGAGAACGCAGCAGAGGGCCAGGAGGAGCUAGCUCUGCUUCUGAAGGUCACAGUCCUUCAACCGACGAAGGGGAAUAUUUGGAUUUUUUUUUACAACAUUUGAAAAACUACGUUGACGCACAACGGUUAGGGUCUGGCAAACCAGCGUUCGGAGAAAAUUGGGGAUAUUGGUCGGCUUUCAUAACCAUAGGCACUUCCGGCGAUCGGAAACUAAAAAAGGCAGCAGUAGACAUUCUAGAAAAACAGCCGGAAUGGCUGGAACCAUCGGUUUUUCCGAUGGCAGCAAACCGUGAAACAAAUUCAGGACGCAAACCGGCGUCUUCUACUCCAACUCAGCAAUUAAAAGAUGAAGUCGUUCUUAUUUACAAAAAAUAUCCAGGAUUACUGAGCCAGAACGCACGGAAAGAGUUAGAGUUUUACAUGACGGCGUCUGAGUAUGAUUCGCUCCAGAAGAAACAUGGGUGGGCCGCUGCUAAGUCUAUUCUAAAGUUGCAAGAAGACCCGAAGAAAGCGUCCAAGACUGGGCUAGUACCUCCAUUGAAGCGCAGCGCGAAGGUGUCUCCAAACCCGGGACUGUGCAAGGCAUUAUCGGUCAUUGUAAGGAAGCGGCCAAAUUUGCUCAAUGAGGACACAAAGACUAUGGCAAACAACCUAGGAGUCGAUCUUAGGCGCACACUGUGGUAUGGCGACACGCCGGAAAUAACCGCCGCAUUGGAGCUCAUUCGCCAAAACUAUCCAGACUUGUUUACCGAUGCAAAACCAAUGGAUCAAAACAAAACGCCCAUGGACCCCCGGUCCCCAUCUGGAAACUGA